CCGCUUAUAGCAAAGUCUCAUAUGUUUCUAUUGUUUUCUCCCUUCAUAUUUUCCAUAAGGUAUAUAAAAUUCACAGCACAGCUGCAGUGGCUCUCUCUCUCUCUCUCUCUCUCUCUCUCUCUCUAAUUGAGACAUGAUAGUAAGCAAUUGCGUUCAGAAUGUGGUGUGGCUUCCAUUAUCAUCCUCAAAUGAUAAGAGGAAGCCUCGGCCACUCUCACCCACUGCCAAAACCGAACAUAUCAGGGUUUGCACAAACCGUACAUGCCGCCGGCAAGGUUCCAUGCAGACUCUCGAAAUCAUGAGGGCUCUCUCUCCUCCCGACCUCCCCAUUAACUCAUGCGGUUGCUUGGGCCGAUGUGGUGCCGGCCCCAACGUCGCCCUUGUCCCGGAAGGUAUCAUCAUCGGCCAUUGCGGCACCGCCGCUGCAGCCGCUCGCAUUAUCGCUCGACAUUAUGAGCACGAAGAUGAUGAUGCCACAAUUCGCAAGUCUUUGGAUGCUCUUGCUCUCAGAAAGAGAGCCCAGGUUGAAUUUGAUAUGGGCAAUUUCCCCCAGGCCGACCUCCUCCUUUCACAGGCUAUACAUCUUAAACCAUUCGGUGGUCUCCAUAUUAUUUAUACAUACAGGUCUCAGGUAAGAUUGGCAAUGAAACACUAUUUGGAGGCUCUUGAAGAUGCCCAAAAUGCUUUAAAUCUUGCUCCUCAAUAUACUGAGCAGGCAUGCAUUUGUGAAGGUGAUGCCUUCAUGGCAAUGGAACAAUAUGAUGCAGCUGAGAAGUCAUAUUCAAUGUGUUUGCAGAUAGACCCUACCAUUCGUAGCUCAAAAGCAUUUAAGAGUCGUGUUGCACAAGUUCAGGAGAAACUAGUUGCUGCAAAUAUGCCUGACAACCAGCAAUAGCAGUGAAAAUUUUGAAUGCAUGUGCAUGCAGAAAAGUAAAUCUUGACAUACAUUCCUCCAUUUCCAGGGAAUUUAAGAAACUAAUAUGGGCACAUGUCUUCAAGUGUUCCCUAAAUCUAAGGAAGCACAUUGAUUGUCAACACUUCUUGCGAUUAUUCCUCUGUUCCUCAAAAUCUAAGGAAUCACAUUGAUGGUCAACUUCUGGCCAAGUUCGCAGUGAUCACUUACUCCACAUAUGAACCACAUUUGGCCAACCUCUGAUAAGACCAUUGGAUGAAUUGGUGAAGAGCGUCCAUCCAUCGAUGCCUCCAACCACAUGAGGUGUUGCUAUUGCAUGAAGCACAUUAAGGUACGUAGCAAGAAAGUAGACUACAACCAUACUGGAGAAUGAAUGAGCUUGAUGGGGCAUUCCUUUUUCCUUUAAUUUCCAGUGCAUAGGGGUGAUGAUUAUGUGUGCCUGAGGGUUAUAGAAAUUUUGGAACUGUCACUGAUAAAGUUCUGGAGGAUCACAAUGUUUCGGUGUCCUGAUUAGGUUGACAUGUAAAUUGCGUUACUUGUCUGCAAUUACAAACAUGUCAUGCUUUAUGCUAUGCUUUGUUUGUAUCAAUUAACAACACUAACAUGUGUUUGCCUCAGCAUUUGGAAUGAAUAGUUUUCUGUGCUUA